AUGCAUGACUUCCAGACCUUGCUUUAUGGUUUUAACACAGUUGUCAAAUUCUUCAUGAAUCAGAAGUCAACUAUAGGAUACAGCUUCAUGGCACUCCUAACCGUGGGAGGGGAGCGCAUUUUUUCCAUUGUUUCUUUCCAGUGCCCGUUCAACAAGAGCCAAAAUUUUAGUUAUGGACUUGUUUUCAUUGUGGGACCAGCUCUAGCGCUCUUCAUCAUUGGCUAUUUCGUCAGCGCUAGGACAUGGAAGCUCUUCACUGGCUGCUGUCUGAACCCAAGGAAGCUGUGUCCGAGGCGAAACGCCUGCUACUGCAUGUAUGUCUUUGCACAGAUCACGGUGGGGGCUUGCAUUCCCCCUGUGAUGUGGCUCACUGUGGUUCUGCUGAACGGCACCUUCUACGAAUGUGCUGUGAGCGGUUUGGAGGAUAACCAUGUAGUCGACCUGUUCUGCAAGCGUACAAAUGAUGAGUGCCAGGUGGAACUGCCAAAGGUGCCCUGUGGAAAAUCCAACCUGUCUUCAGCAGACAAUCAAGAGCUUCUCCUAAUGCUGUGGGCACAGUCGCAGGUAUGGAGCGCACACGCAUUCUGUGUACCAGCAUUAUUUACCCUUUGCUGCCCUGAGUAUGUUCCUAUACCUAUUUAA